AUGCGGGGUGGCUGGGACUCGUCUUUGCUGUCUUCAUCAUCAUGCUGUUCAGACACCUCAAACUCUUCUGAUAGCAGCGACGGUGAAAAUGCAGCAGCAGCAGCAGCAGCAGCAAAUGUGCAGCAGCAGCAGCAGCUGCAUGCUCACCCUCAUCACCUUCAUCAACACCAUAUUCUGCAGCAGCAGCAUUUGCUGCAGCAGCAGCAUUUGCAGCAGCACCCUUUGCAGCAGCAGCAGCAGAUGCACCACCCGUCACUGCACCCACAGCAGCAGCAGCAAAUGCAGCAGCAGUUGCAGCGGCAGGUGCAGAUGCAGCAGCAUCUGCCGCUUGAGCAUGCGCCUGAGCAGCAGCAGCAGCAGCAGCAGCAGCAGCAGCAGCAGCAGCAACGAGGCGGCCGACCCCGGGCUUCAAGAAGAGGCAGAGGCGGAGGGAGACGCGGCAGCAGCAAGGCAAAGGCGGGACCUCCUAGCAGCAGCAGCAGCAGCAGCGGCAGCAGCAAUGGCAGCCGGAGCAACGGCAGCAGCAACGGCAGCAGCAGCACUCCGCAUAUGGUGGCGGAAGCUGCUGGUGCUGUUGCUGCUGUUCACCAAAUGCAGCAGCAGCAACACAUCUUUAGCCAGCAGCAACUGCAGCAGCGGCAAGGCUUGCUGCUGCAGCACCACCAGCUGCAGCAGCAGAUCGAUCAGCUCCAGCAGGGCGCGCUGCAGCAACAGCAGCAUUUUCUGCAGCAGCAGCAGAUGCAGCAGAAAGUGGAGCAGCAGCAGCAUAUGGGGCAGCAGCAGCAGAUAAGGCAGCAGCUGCCGCAGCAGGAGCUGCAGAUUUCGCCCGAGGAGUAUUGGAGAGAGCAGCAGCGGCUGCGACCCGGUGUCAGCACAGCAGCAGCAGCAGCUGCUGCUGCUGCUGUUGCUGCUGCUAACGAAUGUGAGGCAGCAGUUGCUGCGGAUAUUGCCGCAAGGGACCAGCAGGAGAGGCAGGAGCGGUUGCAGCAGCAAGAACUGCAGCAGCAACUUCAGCUGCAGCAGCAGCAGCAGCAGCUGCAGCAGCUGCAGCAACAGCAGCUGCAGCAACAGCAGCUGCAGCAGCAGCAGCUGCAGCACCAACAGCUACAGCAGCAACAGCUGCAGCAUCAACAGCUGCAGCACCAACAGCUGCAGCGCCAACAGCUGCAGCACCAACAGCUGCAGCAGCAGCAGCUGCAGCACCGACAGCUACAGCAGCAACAGAUGCAGCAGCAGCAGCAGAUGCAGCAGCAGCAACAGAUACAGCAGCAGCAACAGAUGCAGCAGCAGCAACAGAUACAGCAGCAGCAACAGAUACAGCACCAGCAACAGAUACAGCAGCAGCAACAGAUACAGCAGCAGCAACAGAUGCAGCAGCAGCAACAGAUACAGCAGCAGCAGCAGAUGCAGCAGCAGCAGCAGAUACAGCAGCAGCAACAGAUGCAGCAGCAGCAACAGAUGCAGCAGCACUGGCAGCAUCUGCAGCAGCAGCCGCAGCUGCAGCAACAGAUGCCGAUGCACCCACAGCAGCAACAGCUGCUGCAACAGCAACAGCAGAUGCCGUUGCCUUUUGAGCAGCAGCAGCACCUGCAGCAUCAGAUGCCGGCGCACCAGCUGCAGCAUCCGCUGCAGCAGCAAAUGCAGCAGCAGCACGUGCAAUAUCAGCAGCAGCAGCAGCAGCUGCAAGCGCAGCAACAGCAAACAUUUCAGUCACUGCAGCAGCCCAUGCAGCAGCAGCCGCAAGGACUGCAGCACCAGCAAAUGCCGCAGCAGCUGCUGGUGCCGCAGCAGGGCUGCCAGCAGCAGCAACACCUGCAGCAGGAGCACGAACUACAGCAGCAACAGCAGCAGCCGCUAGAGCAGCAGCAAGAGCAGCAGCAGCAGCAGCCGCAGCAGCAGCAGCAGCAGCAUUGCCCUCCGGGUCCCUCUCCGGUGGUGGAGAAGCCAGAGCAGGAGCAGCAGCUCAUGCAGGAGCAGCAGCAGCAGCAGAUGCAGCAGCAGCUCAGUCAGCAGCAGGAAGAUCUCAAAGAGAAGGCGUCAGUGGCGUUGGCAGCAACUGCUGCUGCUGCUGAUGCUGCUGCUGCUGCUGCUGCUGCUGCUGCUGCACGCGAGGAACCCGCAGAUCUGCUCGCUGCUGCUGCUGCUGCUGCUGCUGCUGCUGCAGCUGCUGCACCUCAAUCGGCAGCACAGCAAACACCUGCUGGUAAAUCUGUAUAA